CCAGAACCAGAACCUUGGAAAUUUACUCUCUUGUUCCUUUCUCUUUCUAACAAACGCGCAUACGGCACACAAACAAAUUUCACUUUUAAACCCUUUAUUUAUUUGUGCCCUUUUCUUCUUCUUCAUUUGAAGAUUCAACCAACAACAAGAGUGAGGGAUUUUCUUUCUUUCUUUGUAGUCUAUUACUCACUUUGACGAAUUUUUUUUUUUUUUUUUUGUUUCAUUGUUCUUUUAUUAUUAUUCUUUGGGUUGGUUUUGUUAUAUGUAUAGACUUUGAGUUUUUUUCAUUGUUUUCUAUAGUUAUUUUAGAUCUAGUUGUAUCAAAAUCCUUGAUUUUGUUGGGUGGAGUUAUUCAUUUUUAGCUAGUUUAUGGCUACAGCGGCCAUAUUUUCGUCUCUUCGGAGACGGAGAUCACCUUCCUUACAGGCGUUCUUGGCUCCGGUUGACUUAACCGAUGUCGCUCUUAUACAAACCCUUGUAACUAUUUCAUCUGAGCUUGUUUCUUGCUUUUCCACAAAAUCUUUCUUCUUUCAGAGGAAGAAUUUUCGUUCUUUAAUUCGAAAGAUCGAGGUUUUUCUUGUGUUGUUAGAAUGUUUAAGGGAUUCGGGUUCGCCUCUUCCCUCAACGGCCAUGUUGUGUUUCAAGGAGCUGUAUUUGCUCCUUUACAGGUGCAAAAUAUUACUUGAUUAUUGUGGACAGUCCAGUAAGUUAUGGCUUUUGAUUCAAAAUCAUUCAAUUUCGGGGCAUUUUCAUGAUUUGAAUCAAGAAAUAUCGACCCUUUUGGAUGUUUUUCCAGUUAAUGAUGUUGAAUUGAGUGACGAUGUUAGGGAGCAGGUUGACCUUAUGCAGAGGCAUGCUAAGAAGGCUAAAUUGUAUAUAGAUAAAAAUGAUGAUUCAUUGAGGGUUAAAUUCUUUUAUUUUCUUGAUGAGUUUGAGAAUGGGAAGGUACCAAAUCAUGUGGAGUUGCGAUCGUUCUUUGUGGAGAAUUUGAAGAUUAAAGAUGCAAAGAGUUGUAGAACUGAGAUUGAGUUUUUGGAAGAGCAAAUUGCUAACCACGAGGGGGAUGUUGAGCCAACAGCUGCUGUCCUUAAUGGGUUUGUUGCAGUGACACGAUAUUGCAGGUUUUUGCUAUUUGGGUUCGAGGAAGAUGAGGUGGGAUUGGGAAUAGGCAAUCAGAAGAAGCCAAGAAAAGGAUUGAUUACUCAAGAGAUUGCGGAUACUUUUUUAUCAGUACCUAAGGACUUCUGUUGCCCGAUAUCGUUGGAUUUGAUGCAUGAUCCAGUGAUAAUUUCAACUGGUCAGACUUAUGAUAGGAGUUCGAUCACCCGGUGGUUGGAGGAAGGGCACUGUUCUUGUCCAAAGACGGGCCAAAUGCUUGUCCAUACACGACUUUUUCCUAAUCGAGCUUUGAGGAAUUUAAUUAUGCAGUGGUGCACUGCUCAUGGAAUUCCUUGUGACCCUCCAGAGACUACAGAUACAUCUGCUGAUUUUUUUGCUGCGGCUUUGCCUAGUAAAGCUGCAAUUGAAGCCAAUAGAGCCACAGCAGAGCUUCUCAUCGAACAGCUAGCAAAUGGGUUGCAAGCUGCAAAGACUCUGGCUGCACGGGAGAUACGCUUAUUAGCUAAAACUGGAAAAGAAAACCGUGCAUUUAUUGCAAAAGCUGGUGCAAUUCCCCAUCUUCGCAAGCUACUUUCAUCUCAUAACCCUGUUGCACAAGAGAACUCAGUUACUGCGAUGCUUAAUCUAUCAAUUUAUGACAAGAACAAAAGUCAUAUCAUGGAUGAGAACGGGUGUUUGGCAUCUAUUGUUGAAGUCCUGAGGUUUGGACUCACAACAGAAGCCAGGGAAAAUGCUGCAGCGACAUUGUUUAGCCUCUCUGCAGUUCAUGACUAUAAGAAGAAAAUAGCUGAUGAGAGUGGGGCUGUUGAGGCCUUGGCGGGGUUGUUGAGAGUUGGAACCCGAAGAGGGAAGAAGGAUGCUGUCACAGCUUUAUUUAAUCUAUCUACGCACACAGAUAAUUGUCUGAGAAUGAUAGAGGCAGGAGCUGUCGCAGCACUAGUUGGAGCAUUGGGAACCGAAGGGGUUGCAGAGGAGGCAGCAGGUGCAUUGGCCUUAAUUGUUAGGCAGCAAAUUGGGGCUGCAGCCGUGGGGAAAGAGGAAAUGGCAGUGGCAGGGUUGAUUGGAAUGAUGAGGUGUGGAACACCGAGGGGGAAAGAGAAUGCAGUUGCAGCAUUACUCGAGUUGUGCAGGAGUGGUGGGGCAGCCACAACUGAGAGAGUGGUUAAGGCACCAGCAUUGGCUGGUUUGCUUCAGACUCUGUUGUUUACUGGUACAAAGCGGGCGAGAAGAAAGGCGGCAUCCCUUGCAAGAGUGUUUCAAAGGUGUGAAAAUGCUUCCUUGCAUUUUGGUGGACUGGGUGUCGGUUAUGCAUUUGCAGGCAACUCAGCUGCAAAUAGGGAUUCAAGUUUCACCGGUGAUGUCUCAGUGCCUAUGUCCAUGUCCGUACCUGUUUUGUAAUGGUUAUUAAAGAGAAGGAAAGUUAUAGGGAUACCGUACUUGUGUUGAAUGAAUGACAAAUGUUGUAGAGCUCUUUUAAUUUUUUA